UCCCAAAGCGGCAGGCUUGAGCUCGGCUGUGAGAGAAGCGCUCAGAAACACAGCCCAACAUCGCGUCGGAAGAUAAAGAUGUAGACAUGUAUCACAAGAUGCACACAUCGGAUACAUAACACUGCAUCGACUGAGGACGAUGGAAGACGGACUGGUGUCUGAAGACGAUAUUUUGCUUUGCUCAGAGAAGGAGUUUCAUGAUGCUGCAAAGAGGAACGACACGGAGAGGAUGCAGGAGCUCAUCAGAAGAGGGGUGGACAUCAAAGUCAAAAAUAAGAUGGACCGUAAGGCCUUGCACUGGGCAGCAGGAGCCGGCAGUGAGCAGGCAGUGCGUCUGCUGCUGGACCACGACAUGGAGGUGGAUGAUAUGGACAGCUUUGGUAUGAACGCUCUGCUCUUGGCGGCAUGGUUUGGUCACCUCUCAAUCCUAAAGAUCCUUGUCUCAACUGGAGCGAAGCUCACCUGUGAAAACAAAAAUGGCUUGAAUCUCUUACACUGUGCUGCACAGAGGGGUCACAUCAGUGUUUUGGAGUAUAUUAUGGAAGAUCUGGAAAACGUGCAGCUUAAUAAAGUCGACAAGUCAGGUAAGACAGCGUUUCAUUUGGCCGCGGAGCAUGGACACCUGGAGGUGGUGGAGUUUCUCAUUGGUAUGGGCUGUGCUCAUGACCUCAAGGACAAGGAGGAAAACACUGCACUGCAUUUAGCAGCUAAGCAAGGCCACAGUGAUGUCCUACAGAAGAUCAUGGAAACCGGCGAGAGCAUUGAUGAAAAAAACAUUGAUGGCAUGACGGCUUUACAUUUGGCAGCUGAAGGAGGGCAUUAUGAAUGUAUCAGACUCUUGCUGGAGGCUGGCUGCAAUGUCAAUGAACUUACUCAUAGUAACAGGACAGCUCUUCAUCUGGUGGCCCAGCAUGGCUCUGGAAGAGAGAUCAAACUGCUGGUACAGGCUGGGAUCAAUCUGGAUUCAGUAGACACACAACAUACUUCAGCUCUGCACUUGGCAGUACUCAACAACUCCACAGGAAUAGUCAAGGAUCUUAUCGAUGCGGGAUGUGACCUGGACAUCUUUGACAAUCGGCUUCAAACUGCUUUGCACAUAGCAUCAGAACACGGACGGCAGAACAUCGCUGAGAUGAUCCUGAUAUCUGGAGUCAACCUCAAUCUGCUCGACAAGCAGGGAAAGACAUCUCUGGAUGUUGCAGCACGAGGCAACCAUGUCAAUGUCGUUGACAUGAUUAUAAAGGCUGACAGAUUUUACAAAUGGGAGAAGGAAAAUGUGACGAGUGACUCUGACUCUCUGGUGGGAGCGAGUCUUACAUUUAAGCAAGAUCAUCGACAGGAGACACAACAUAUGCGAUCUGUUCUGUGGAAACUAGCCUCCAAAUAUCUCAAACCAGGCGAGUGGAAAACACUGGCUCGGCACUGGAAGUUCUCAGAUGCACAUAUUCGAGCCAUAGAGCACCAAUGGACAGGUACCAAGAGCUACAAGGAGCACGGGCAUAGGAUGCUGCUCAUCUGGCUGCACGGAGUGAUCAUCGCUGGAGAAAACCCCAUCAAGGGCUUGUACGAAGGUCUGACUGGAAUCUCCAGGAUUGAUUUGGCAGAAAGCAUGCGACAACAGGCAAAUGCGGAUCCGUCUUCUGCUAAAAAAUGCUCUACAAUGUAAUGUGAGAUUUGUUGAGAAUGGUCUAGACUGAGCACGUACCAACCAGGAGAUUGGAUGCUCUUCAAAUACACAGUACUGAAGAAACACAAAUACUUAAAUAUAACCUCAGUGAUGUGUCGGAGAAGAAAACUUAGCCUGUUCACACCAAGAGCAAAUAUUUACAGCAAGCAUGACUUUGUUUUGAAAUGAUGGGUUUCUUUGGAACCAUUCAUAUAGAGAAAAUAUGAUAGACAGAAAGAGAAAAAAAAAAUCUGUUCUCCCAAAAACUGCUCCCUGUCGAAAAACUUGCCAAGCAAUAACAUUUUUGGUCAUGCUGAAUUUCACUUUCCACAUUUCUAUUUUACAGUUCUGCAUGUAUUUCUGUCCUAUAUUUAUUUGUAGUUGCAGCUUUUCUGCUGUAAUUGUUAUUUUUAAGACUAGAAACAAAGACAAUACUAAUACAGCUGCACUGCUCAGGAUACUGGGUAACAUGUUUUAUGUGUGUUUAAAUGUGUGUGAUCAUCCUGUUCAUUAUAGGAUUGGCAGGACUGAAAGGUCCAAACUUUUUUGUAUGUGCAAAUGUUCUUAUUUGAACACGGGCAAAAAAAAAAAAAAAAGUGAAGAAGGUGCAAUACGAUUAAGAGAAUAAACCACUGUAGUAUUUUAUGCAGAUUGGGGCUGAGUUGAUAUCGAGUUCUCAAUUUUUUUUUCUUCAUUUUCUUUUUUUUUGUAGUAAAUCCCUACAAGCUUUGUGGUUUGUUACUUUUGAUAUAAAACAAAGCCUUAGCUUAAAUUCUGAAAUGUAAACAAUAAAUACAGUUUUUGCGCUUUUUAAUGAAGUGUGGCGGAUCGUUGUAGCGCCUCAUUUCCAACCGCAACUCGGAGCGCACGUGAACCAAACAUUUACUCCCUACUACUAGUUAUUGCAUGAAAUAAACAUGGAUAAACUUCGGAAGUUGUGUUGAAAAUGUAUCAUGUCUCACGUACGUCCUCAGUCAGUUUUCAGCCGCGGAAAGACAGCCAUAGCAAAAUAUGUUGUUGGACGAUGUCACGUAAUGUUUACCUCAGAAAAGCCAUUCAAUGCCGAUAACUGUUAAAUGUUUAUAUAAAAAAUAGAAGAAAAAAAAAUUGGAGCAUAGUUAUAUCGUUAAGUAUACAAGUAUAGGUUAAGUACGUCUAUCUUUUUCCCUUUACAGUUUACAAUGUCAGUUGAGAUUUCUUUACUUGAGAAAACCUGACACGCACCUGAUAGCCUCUAAAUGAAUCCGUAUCGAGUCGAGAUCGGAAUCGAAUCGAAUCACAAGCUGGAGAAUUAAAAAACUAUGUCAACCCAGUUCUUAUGCAAACAAUAUAUUCAGCCUGCCUAAGCAAGAGAUGUGUAAAUGUUGCUUGUGAUGUUAGAGAUGCUACACUGAUGCAUGCAAGACUGUAACUGAAACUGUACUUGUUUGAUUUGUAAGUGUACUUGUUUUAAAGUAUUAAGUCUGGUAUGAGUCACCGUUUGCAGCAUGACUAGAGUUGUUGAUUUUUCCCACACUAAAAGUCUGUUAAUCUAAUUAAAUUAUUGCACUUUA